AGGAGCACUUGCAUUUUACUUGCAAACUUAGCAAGUUAUUAUCGUCAUAAUUACGAAGAGCGUGCCAUCGUUCGUAGUGUCAUUUAAUAAUCCGUCCUCUCGUACCGAGGGAUCGUCAAUUUGCACGCAGCAUUGAAGAAACAUUCUUUCACCGAGGUUAUCGAUUCCCGCGACCUCGUUACGUUUAUUAUUACGCGCUGUCAAUAUGCAUAAAUUGUAAACUGCAACGGUAAUUUGCGCGAAGAAUUUGCCGAGAACAAAGCCGGGUGACGCGCGAGUGCCUCGCAAUUAACUUCAUUCUCGCGACAUUUUUUUAUUUUAUAUUACAAAAGAAUCGUGUUUCUCAUGUGAAUAUUUAAGGAGAUGCGAUAAAAAAGCAAGAGUUAAAAGUGGUUUCAACUUUAUCUUUGUAGAAAAACGAUACUUGUAAACAUCAGUGAAGAAAAAGAUGCGCGUGGCAAUCGUGGGUGCUGGUGUAAUAGGAGUAACGAGCGCAUUCGCGGUGAAAGAUGCUUUUCCGAGUUACAACGUAAAGAUCAUUGCCGACGCAUUCUCGCCUGACACCACUGGUGACGGAAGUGCCGGCCUAUGGGGUCCUUACCUUCUCGGCGAUACACCUGUCGACAAUAUAACUCGAUGGGCUGGCUGCACGCAUCAAUGGUUCGAACAAUUGUGGAAAGCUGGAUUAUCAUCAAAAACGGGUGUUUCUUUGAUACCUGUAACUCGUAUUACUAGCGAUUGCGAGGCCAACAUUAAUAUAAAUUGGGCAAAACUUGUUUACGGGUUCCAGAAAAUUACUGACGAAAAAUUACAACGCUUGAAUGAAGAACAUAAGUCUAAUUAUAAACAAGGUUGGCAUUUUAUAACUUACACUGUUGAGCCGGUUCUGCUACUGCCGUGGCUCAUGGAAAGGUUCAUCGCUUUGGGUGGAAAAAUAGAAAAAAGAAAUAUUAAAACGUUGCACGAAUUAGCCGAGGAAGGAUACGAUUUAAUAAUAAAUUGCAGCGGGCUUGGUGCACGAGAGCUUGUCGCGGAUAAAACGAUGACAUCUAUCAGAGGUCAGGUGUAUAGGGUAAAAGCACCUUGGACAAUGCACUGUUUUCUAGUGGACGACGAUUCUUGCAAUUACAUUAUUCCUAAUAUCAACAGUGUUGUACUGGGCGGUACGCAUCAAGAAGGUGAUAUCGAUUGUUCUGCAAGGGAAGAAGAUUCUAAAAACAUUUACGACGGAUGUUGCCGCAUGAUGCCAUCUCUAAAAGCCUGUCAAAUAAUUCGCGCAUGGGUAGGCCUUCGACCAGGACGACCGCGAGUUCGUUUGGAAUGUGAAACCCUCAACUCGCCUACGGGAAAAGAAAUUAAGGUGAUACACAAUUACGGCCACGGCGGAAGUGGCGUGACGCUGUGCUGGGGGUGUGCCACUGACGUCGUGGAAAUGAUAAGAAAUUUAAAAGUACAAGAAUUAAACUCCAAACUGUAACUCUCCAGGGACAGAACAAACUUUUUAUUCAUACAUUUUUACUCGCACACGAUCGCGACACUCAACCUUGCUCAAUCUUUUCUUCUCAUACGAUUCCAAGGAUUGUAUUAUUCAAAAUAUUACAUUUUUAUUAUCUUUA